CGUAGCCCCUUCAGGAUGAUUAGAAGAUAGUGCUGUAUCCCCUGGCGUGAGGUAAAUAAACCAGCAUGGCCAGCUUCAAGAGGACGCACACCCGAGGCUACUCCCGGGCGGCGUCCAAGACCACCUCAGAUACACACUACUGGAGGAAACUUGAGUUUCCAGUGACAGUCAAGGAAUUUACAGCGAUAAACAGCGUGGACAUCAGCCCUGCUGAGCCACACUACAUUGCCGUCACCUCAGGCCCAAAGAUUGACGUGUACCACCAGGAGACGACACAGGUGUGGCGUACCAUCUCCAGGUUCCAGCGGCUGGCAUAUGGAGGCAGGUUCAGGCAGGACGGGCAGCUGCUACUGGCUGGCUCGGAGGAAGGUGCUAUCAAACUCUUCAACUACAGACAAAAACAGCUCCUCAGGAUAUUCAAAGGACAUGAAGGCCCCACCCAUUGUGUUGACUUCAUCCAGGGCAUCCCUCACAUUGUCUCCUUCUCUGACGACAAGACAACCAUGGUGUGGGACAUGAGCAAUGAGGACAAGAUAUGCACUCUCUCAGGUCACACGGAUUUCAUCCGCACGGGUCUGGUAAGUCCUGCAUCACAGCACGUCAUCCUGACCGGCUCAUACGACCACACAGUGCGGCUAUGGGACACACGCACCGCCUCCAGCGUGCUGACGGUGGACCAUGGCGCCCCAGUGGAGAGUCUGGUGUGCUUCCCCUCGGGCGGCGUCUUUGUGUCCUCAGGCGGGUGUGAGGUGAAGGUGUGGGAUGCCGUCGCGGGCCGCCUGCUCUCCAAGGUGUCGCAACACCACAAGACCAUCACCUGCCUUGCCCUCGCCAGUGACCAGAAGCGACUCCUGUCUGGCUCACUGGACCGCCACAUCAAGAUUUAUGAUGUGGACACGUACUCUGUGGUUCACACCCUCAGCUACCCUGCCCCCAUUCUGUGCAUGGCUGUGGCGCCUGGAGACACUACGCUGGCAGUGGGCAUGAUAGCUGCUGGGUCAGGCCUCAUGUCCUUCCAGCACCGCCGCAGCCCGGAAAUGUCUGCUCAGCUGGCCACCAAGGAAGCCAGUGCCAAGGCAAACAUUAGGAACACCAUCUCAGAUGACUACAGAACUCUCUCAGAUGACCAUAUUGUCCCUGGUAUGACCACACAGAAGAUGGCAAGGUAUGACAGGAUGAUCUGCAAGUUUGAGUACAGCCGAGCCCUUGAUGCUGUCAUGCAGUCCUUCAUUGCCAACAAGUAUACCAACGUCUCAGUGGGUGUACUGCAGGAGCUCAUUAGGCGUGGAGGCAUCCGGACAGCAGUGGCAGGCAGGGACGUGAAGAAACUCACUCCCCUCUUCAGCUUCCUCUUCAAGAAUAUUCGACACCCAGCAUACAAGCCGGUGCUCAUGGAUGUCGCUAAUGUUGUCAUUGAUGUGUAUGGAGACUCCCUGGAUGAGGACCCGCAGCUGGUGAUGUAUUUUCAACGCCUGAAGGAGGAGGUUGCAGCAGAACUCCAGCUGAUUAAGGAGCACAGUGCCCUGAUGGGGGCCAUUCAGAUGUUCCUUACCACCUCCAAUCCUCACCCCAACACCUCCCUGGUUAGUGUUCAGCAGCUGGCCACCACUGAGUGUUCCAGCACGCAGGCCAGGAUGCUGCACCCUUCAUCCUCUGCUAAAUCUGCCUCCAAUCUGGUGGUGGAUGUCAAUUGACCCCACACACCUGUUAGUAAAGGAAAUAAAGAUGUCUCUUUA